AAAUAUUGAAAUGGCUUAGUCCUCCCACCUCAGUCGGUGCUCUCAGGUGAUUCAAGUGGCGUAAAAGUUUCUCAGUUUUCCCUCGCUUAAUCCGGUGCCAACGACGGCGACCUCUCGUAUAGUUAGAGGAGAAAAGCCAGAAGAAACCGAACCCACCCGCUCACUAGGUGCCUUUGUUGGGGGUGGUGCGGGAAACUUGGUCGUAGGAAAAACCGUGAUAUAAGACGGGUAAAGACAAUACGGUGCGGCGCGGUGGUUUGUGGUUUGAGUGCAGUGCAGUGCAAUAUCAACAAAACAAAACAGGCUUGGGAUUGGAUAGAAACGCCGAGCCGAAGCGAAGGUGGGAAAACGGUGGGAUUCGAACCGACCUAUAAGCAAAGCUGAACUACUGACUCAGUGAAACAGCAAGUGUAUUUGCGGGGUGCGACAUAAACUCUCGUAAUUCAUUCAAGACAGUGUUAAUGGAGAAAAUUGAAUCGUAUUUCAGUAGAAUAGUGACAAUGCCCGAUAUUGUGCAUUCAUAAUUAUUGUGUAAGGAUAGGCGGAUCUUGGUGAUGUACGUACACAGCAAUUAAAAAGCAUAACAACAUAAAAAGCUGAUGUCCGCGGGGGGAACCAGAAGUGAGAAUUAAGCGGAACACCAUUAAUCUGAAUCAGCGUGGUGUGGCAACGGAUUGAAACGGAAAAAAUUCCGAUGCAGAGCAACCCGGUACCAGCGAUUGGCAGAUGUGGGAAAAUGUUCGAUAAGUUCGGAGGGACGAUUCUGUCGGCGCUCGCUGUUGUGUACAUCAACGUUACCGGCUCCAGAGCUCUAGAGGUGUUCUGGAACAUUCCCACCUUCAUGUGCAAUCAGUAUCAGAUGGAUUUCUCCAGCAUCCAGUCGCGGUACGGGGUGUACCAAAAUCAGAACGAUUCCUUUCGCGGGAAUUUCAUCUCAAUCCUCUACGAUCCGGGCAAAUUUCCCGCGCUGCUGGAAAAAUCAUCCACCCGGGUGCUGUACAAGCGCAACGGUGGCGUCCCCCAGGAGGGUAACAUCACCGAACACUUGGAGGUGUUCCGUGCGCAUAUGGCCGAACUGGUGCCGGAUCCCGACUUCUCCGGCAUUGGCGUCAUAGAUUUCGAGUCGUGGCGACCCAUUUACCGGCAGAAUUUCGGCUCCCUGCAACCAUACAAAGAUCUCUCGAUGAAGAUUGAGAAAGAAAGGCAUCCCGUUCGGCCGCAAAAGUGGCUCGAAGCUGAGGCCACCAGAAGGUUCGAAUCAACAGGCCAGGACUUUAUGGCCCGCACACUGCAGCUGGCGAAGCAGCUCCGACCCCGGGCGGCGUGGGGUUACUACGCCUUCCCCUAUUGUUUCAACAUGAACGGAUCGCCCAGCAGCCAGCGGGAGGAUUGCACGGCCGAGGUGCAGCGGGAAAACGACCGCAUCCAGUGGCUAUUUGAUGGUUCGGAUAUUAUCUUUCCAUCUGUUUAUCUGAGGGAAAAACUCAGUCCCGGCGAUCGUAUCAAACUGGUUCGGGGGAGAGUGAAGGAAGCUACUCGGGUAGCACAAAGGACGAAAGGGCAGCAAAAACCGCGCGUGCUGACAUACAUUCGCUAUGUCUACACGGAUAGCAUCAAGUAUUUGACGGAGUCCGAUUGGAUCAACGCACUCAAUGCGAUGAAGCAGUUCGGAUCCAGCGGAGUCAUCCUGUGGGGAAGCUCCUACGAUCUCAAUUCACGACAAAAAUGCAUCGAUUUUAAAACCUACCUGGAUAGCACGCUGGGUCCGAUCCUACAUUCCCUCCAGCAGCGAUACUACGUCAAGGGGCUACGAAUGGCCGAUGAUCUCCCAUUCUAGAGCAUGGAGCGCGCACCACAUACCUCUACGCCAACCAAACCAAAACUGGCAGUAUUUUUCGUAGCACGAAACCAACCACACGUAAGCAGACACAUUCGGAGCGCUUUCGAAGAAAUGCCCGGGCAGCAUGUGAUUGACAUUCCCCAUCACCAAAUCUAGCUUUAGAUCGUUCGGAGUUAAGAAACUAGGCUUUAUUUAUUGGCAGCAAACGUUUCAAGGAAUACAGUCUCGAA